CCAGACGCGAUUAAGCAGCUAGUAAAGUAGAGCAAUGUCAGGUGUCGAGGAUAGCUCAAAUGAAUAUGUAGACGCGAAAGAAGACGUGGAGUUUAAUGUAGAGGCUGAGGACCACCUGGAGGAUGACUUUCUCGAGGACCCGACUCGAUAUAAGUUUUACAGAGACAGAAAGGAGUGGGCAGACCUGGAGCCUGUUCCUCAGGAUGAUGGACCAAAUCCUGUAGUGAAGAUCGCCUACUCUGAAAAGUUCUCAGAUGUUUAUGACUAUUUCCGUGCCCUCCUGAAGAAUGAUGAAAAAAGCGAGCGUGCUUUUGCCUUGACAGCAGAUGCCAUUGAGCUAAAUGCGGCAAAUUACACAGUAUGGCACUACAGGCGAGUAUUACUGCAAGCCCUGAGAAAAGACCUGAGGGAGGAGAUGAGGUACAUUACUGCCAUCAUCGAGGAGCAGCCCAAAAACUACCAAGUCUGGCAUCACAGACGUAUGGUGGUAGAGUGGUUGAACGACCCCUCAGAGGAGCUGGAGUUCAUUGCAGACAUUCUCAGCCAAGAUGCAAAGAACUACCACGCCUGGCAGCACAGACAGUGGGUCAUACAGGAGUAUAAACUGUGGGACAAUGAGCUAGAAUUUGUGGAGAACCUUUUGGAAGAAGAUGUGAGGAAUAACUCCUCAUGGAACCAGAGGCAUUUUGUCAUUUCUCACACUACAGGCUUCUCUGAUCCAGCUGUACUGGAGAGGGAGAUUCAGUAUUGUGUCACCCAGAUCAAGAAAGCCCCCCACAAUGAAAGUGCAUGGAACUAUUUGAAAGGGAUGCUGCCAGACAGAGGUCUGUCGUCCCAGCCGGGCCUGCUGGAGAAAGUCCUGGAGCUGAAGGAGACACAUUGUUCACCUUACCUUCUAGCGUUUCUCUUUGAUUGCUAUGAGGACGCCUUGGAGAAUGGCGUCGACAAAGAAAACGCAGAUGAGGAGGAACGAAAGGAAACUUUAAGAAGGGCUCUAGAAAUUUGUGAACUUCUGGCGCAGGAGAAGGACACGGUCCGUAAAGAGUACUGGCUGUUUUUGGGACGAUCUUUAAAGGGCAAAUACGGAACCAGCGUCCCCUCUGCUGAGCCUAUGGCAGAUGACCCUAAACCUUUAGCCCCUACAUCUGGGCAGCAGGACAUGAACUAGACCCCCUGGGAGACUUACCACCAUUUCCACUCCUGUCCUGUCUUAUUAAUGUCCUCAGCAGAGUUUGAUAUUACUGUAAAUUGCUAUUAACCACUAACAAAAGGUCAUAUAGAGAAGAAACAGAGAUUGACAUCAAACAGAUACAAUACAAAUAAUACAUUAAAAUCCCUCCCUUGCUAAAAUCUAAUUUACAAAUGUCGCAUUAGAAAACUCAAUGUUGUCUUUUUUUCUUCUUUUUUUUUUUACCUUUGCUCAUCCUAAAUUAAAGAAUAGGAUCCAUAAAACCUCACAUUACACAAUGUCAUAUAUCUUGAAUUGGAAAUCAAUCAGCUGAAUAUAUCAGUCUGUUUGACAGCAGGCCUCUGAGUGUGUUUGCAUGCACACUUUAUUCAAUUUAUAGUCUUUUUGAGUGAUUAUAGGUACACAUCUGAGGUUAUAUAUCUAAUAAGAGAAAUAAAUCUAUCAGGAGGAUCUUAUUUUUUUGUUAUUUUAAAAUGUAAUUUAUAAGUUAGAUGUUUGGUAACCUAGAAGUUUAACAGUGAUAUGUUUGAACAGCCACAUUAGAGACUCCAAAUAAGACUUUAAAUGGAGUAUUGUGUGCAUGUAAACCCACUCUGAACAUAAAUCCUGCAACAUUUCUUGAUUGUUCAGUGGUGUCAGUUGGAGAAUACAUGUCAAUAUGUUUUAAUGGAGGG